AUGAGGGGCUUGAUAUUAGCCCUGGUUUUAACCCUGGUGGAACCCGAUUUCAGUGAAAACAAGGUUUAUACAUUUGAUUAUGAAAGCACGCUUCUCAGUGGACUUCCAGAGAAAGGACUUGCAAGAGCUGGAAUAAGAAUAAAAAGUAAAGUGGAAAUUAGUGGUAUUGGGCCAAAACUUUGUCUUAUUAGGAUUCACUCCAUCGAAGCAGGAGAGUACAAUGGGGUCUGGCCCACGAGCUCAUUCUCUCGGUCACUCAAACUGACCCAGGUGCUGACUGGGCAGCUCAGUAACCCCGUCAAGUUUGAGUACAGCAGUGGCCACGUUGGGAACGUCAUGGCUCCCGAUUCCAUCUCGGACGAUGGGCUGAACGUCUACAGAGGGGUUAUGAACGUGCUGGAGCUGAGCAUAAAGAAGAUGCAGCACUCCUACAGCUUACAGGAGGCUGGGAUUGGAGGUAUUUGCAACACAACGUAUGCAAUUCAGGAAAACAAGAGGGCAAACCUACUCUAUGUGACCAAAUCCAAGGACCUGAACAGCUGUGAGGAGAAAGUUCAGAUUGUCACAGGUUCAGCAAACACUCAGCCAUGCCAGGCCUGCCAGAAGAGAAACAAGAAUUCCCGGGCGACCGCUACUUACAAUUACAAAAUUAAAUAUACACGCAGUGAAGCUGUAAUUACACAGGCUGAUGUCGAGGAAAUCCACCAGUUUGCACCCUUCAAUGAGAUAACAGGAGGAAAUUCUAUAGUACAAGCCAGGCAGAAACUUACUCUGACUGAUGUGCAGAAGCAGAGGACAGAGGUCCCACCAAAGGAAUAUCAGAAUCGUGGGUCACUUCGGUACGAGUUUGGCAGUGAAAUGCUUCAGCUUCCUGUCCACUUAUUCAAAAUAAAAGAUGUGGAAAGCCAGAUAGAGGAAAGCCUGCAGGACCUAGUAGAGGCCACCUCUGACCAGCUUCCCAGUGAUGCACCAGCAAAAGCCCUCAAGCUCAUGCACCUCUUCCGUGCAGCAAACGAGGAGGAUUACGAGUCGGUGUGGAAGCAGUUCUCCGGUCGGCCAGCGUACAGGCGCUACAUUCUGGACAUAAUCCCCGCGGUGUCCAGUCACCGCGCGCUCCGGUUCCUGCGGCGCAGGAUGGAAAGGCAGGAGCUCUCCAGCUGGGAAGCGGCUCAGACGCUGCUGGUGGCUCUGCACUCCAGCACACCAACCCAGGACGUGAUGGAGGAAGCAACACUGAUUGUCAGAAAGCAUUGCCCACGCUCCAGCACUGUGCUGGGGAAGGUUUGCCACCUCAGCUACGCGUCGCUGUGCCACAAACAGUGCUCUUCAGCAGACUCCUGCUCCGAGUGUCUCCAGCUUCUUCAUGGUUUUGCAGGAGAGGCAUUGAGCAAGUCUAGCACAGAAGAAAUUUCCCUGGUUCUGAAAGCCCUUGGGAAUGUAGGGCACCCAGCCAGCAUCAAGCACAUCAAGAAGUUUUUGCCAGGAUAUGCAGCUGGUGCCUCAGAUUUGCCACUCAAGGUCCAUGCAACUGCUGUGAUGGCCCUGAAAAACAUAGGCCUGAAAGACCCAAAAAUGGUCCAGGCUAUUACCCUUGAGCUUUUCCUGAAUCACAGAAUUCACCCUCGGGUCCGAAUGCUGGCUGUGGUGGUUCUGCUGGAAACCAAGCCAGGUCUCCCAAUAGUGAUGACAUUAGCUGAUGCUGUGCUGAAGGAACCCAGCAUGCAAGUGGCAAGUUUCAUCUACUCACACUUGAGGGCCCUGGGCAGAAGCACAUCCCCAGAUCUCCAAGUGAUGGCUUCUGCCUGCAGAAUGGCCAUCAGAGCCUUAAGUCCCAAAUUUGACAGGUCUGGAUAUCAGUUCAGCAAGGUUUUCCGCUUCAGUAUCUUUAAAGAGUUCCUUAUGAGUGGGCUGGCAGCUAAAUAUUUGGUACUGAAUAAUGCAGGCAGCUCAAUUCCAACGAUGGUGAUGUCCCAGCUGCGGACACAUUUCCUUGGAAGAGUGGCUGAUCCCUUGGAGGUGGGAAUAACAGUUGAAGGACUGCAGGAGAUGUUUGCUAAAGGUUACUCUCCUGACAGGGACUGGGAGAAUGACUAUGACUUCAAGAAAAUCCUGAAAACGCUCUCUGACUGGAAAGCAUUCUCCAGUGACAAACCUUUUGCAUCAGGCUACUUGAAGAUGUUUGGCCAGGAGUUGUUCUUUGGUGGACUGGAUAAAAACGCCAUCCAAAAUGCACUGCAGGCAUGGUACGGAUCUGACGAAAAAACCCCUUCACUAAGGAGAAUAAUCAGUAGCCUUCAGAGUGGUGUAGGGAGGCAGUGGACCAAGGCUCUCCUGUCCUCUGAGAUCCGUCGCAUCGUGCCCACCUGCAUGGGGUUCCCAAUGGAGACCAGCUUCUAUUACUCUUCCAUCACAAAAGCGGCAGGAAAUGUUCAAGCGCAGAUUACACCUUCUCCAAAGUCUGAUUUCAGACUGGCUGAGUUGCUAAAUGCCAACAUCAGGCUGAGAUCCAAAAUGAGUCUAAGCAUGGCCAAGGAGAUGACCUUUGUGAUGGGAAUCAACACACGCACGAUCCAGGCAGGGCUGGAAGCACGUGCCAAAGUGGAUGCUCAUGUACCUGUGAAUGUCGUUGCCACUGUCAAUAUGAAGGAAAAAAACAUCAGAAUUGAAAUUCCACCAUGUAAAGACGAGACUGACAUAAUUAGCGUAAGGUCUAAGACAUUUGCUGUCACACGAAAUAUUGGGGAUUUGGCUGCUAGUAAGAUGACUCCAGUUCUUCUACCUGAAGCAGUGCCUGACAUAAUGAAGAUGUCCUUCGAUUCAGACUCUGCGUCAGGCGAGACCGAUAACAUCAGGGACAGACAGUCUGCAGAGGAUGUUUCAUCAGGAAAUCCCUUCUCUUUUGGACGCUCUUCUUCCCGAAAAGAUCCGUUUGUUCAGUCCAUGUGUUCCAAUGCAAGUACAUUUGGGGUUCAAGUGUGCCUUGAGAGGAAAAGUGUGCAUGGAGCAUUUAUCAAAAACGUGCCUUUUUAUUACCUCGUUGGAGAGCACGCCCUGAGAAUGAGCCUCAAGCCAGUUUACACAGAGGCACCUAUUGAAAAAAUACAAGUCACAAUUCAAGCAGGAGACCAAGCUCCUACAAAAAUGGUACGUCUGGUAAAAUUUGAAGAUCCAGAGGCACAAGCAUCUUCCAGAAAAGAAGCAAUUAAAAAAUUGAAAAAAAUCCUUGGUGACACUGAUGACCAGGGGACAAGAAAAGACAGAAGCUCAUCAUCCAGUGCCAGCAGCACCAGUGGGAGCACCGAGAGCACAACGAGCAGCCCCUCCAGCAGUGACUCUGACGGGAGAGCACCACAGGGAGGCACCCAGAUGAAUCUGAAAACAAGACAGUCCAAAGCCAAAGAAAAGAAAUUCUACCCAUUUGGGGACAGCAGCAGUAGCAGCAGCAGUGGUGGUAGCAGUAGUAGCAGCAGCAGUGGCAGUAGUAGUGAUAGCAGUAGUAGCAGCAGCAGUGGCAGUAGUAGUGAUAGUAGUAGCAGCAAAAGCAGCAGUAGUAGUAGCAAAAGCAGCAGUAGUAGUAGCAAAAACAGUAGUAGUAGCAAGAGCAGUAGUAGUAGCAGUAGCAAAAAUAGUAGUAGUAGUAAGAGCAGUAGUAGCAGCAAGAGCAGUAGUAGCAGUAGCAAAAGCAGUAGCAGUAGUAGCAGCAGCAAGGACAGCAGCAGUAGUAGCAGCAGCAAGGGCAGUAGCAGCAGAAGCAGUAGUAGCAGCAGCAGAAGCAGUAGUAGCAGCAGCAAAGGCAGCAGCAGAGGCAACACAGGUAGCAGCAGCAGCAGCAGCAGCAGCAGUAGCAAAGCAUCUGGUAUAAAGCAUAAGGCUAAGAAGCAGUCCAAGAGCACACCAUUUGCACGUGCCAGCGCUGCUGAAGGAGAGGGAAGUGUCCGUGAGCAGAAGCCCAAACCAGGGAGUAGCAGCAGUAGCAGCAGAAGCAGCAGCAGUGGCAUCGGCAGCAGCAGCAGCAGCGAAAGCUCCGGUGCUUCCCGUGGUCACGGCACAUCUGACAAACGAGCCGAGGGGGAACGUGUCCAGUCCCAAAUUAACAGUCUCAGCAGUUAUGACAUGUCUACAGAACGGGAAUUGCACCUUCCAAAAGUAUACCGUCUCCGCUUCAGGUCUGCUCACAUCCAUUGGCAUCCAGACCAUAAGGGAUCAAGCAGCUCAUCGUCAUCUUCCUCUGAGUCGGGAAGCAGCCACAGAAACAGCAGCAGCAGGAGCAGUAGCAGGAGCAGGAGCAGGAGCAGUCAUCUGAGCAGCAGCAGCAGCAGCAGCCACCACCAUGAAGAAAAUUCUGCCCACAGCUCAAGGAGGAGCAGAAGAGUCAGCAGCCACCAGCACAGCCACAGCUCCAGCCUGGGGCGGGAGCGCAACUUCCUGGGAGACGUGAUUCCACCUGGCAUUACGAUUGUGGCACAGGCAGUAAGGAGUGACAACAGAAAUCAAGGUUAUCAAGCUACAGCAUAUGUUCGUUCUGAUGCUGCCAAAGUUGAUGUGCAACUAGUUGUGGUUCAGCUGGCUGAAACCAAUUGGAAAGCGUGUGCUGAUGCUGUGAUACUGCCUCUGAAAGCCCAGGCCAGACUGAGAUGGGGCACGGAGUGCCAGGACUAUAGGAUAGCAGCCGUGGCAACCACAGGGCGGCUGGCAAGGAAACCAGCAGCACAGCUGAAGGUGCAAUGGGGAAAGCUUCCAUCCUGGAUAAAAAAGACAACCAUGGCAUUCAUGCGAUACGUUCCUGGUGCAGCACUUAUGUUGGGCUUCUCAGAAGCACAUCAGAGAAAUCCAUCUCAUGAAUUCAUAGUAAGGGCAGCUGCAACCUCUCCACGAACAAUUGAUACAGUAAUUAAAGUUCCUGAGGUAACACUUUACUGCCAGGCGCUCCGACUGCCAUUCACUCUGCCCUUAGGCCCGUCUCCAGCUUACGAGGCUCGAGAUAUCACUGCCUGGAACUUAUUGCCUGAAAUAGCUUCACAAAUAGCACAAGAAGAUCAAUCCACGUGUGAAGUCAGGGAGCGAGAUUUCAAAACAUUUGAUGGCAUGAGCCACUUGUACUCUUUCAAUAAAAGCUGCAACCUGGUGGUGGCUCAGGACUGUACUGAACACCCGAAAUUCAUCAUUACCACCAGAAAGGUUGAUCCUCAGUCUUUCUCCAGAGAGGUUCACAUAAACACAACACUGGCGAACAUCACAAUCUGUCCUGCUGCAAAUUCAUCUCUCCUUGUGGCAUGUAAUGAAGAACGAGUUCUAUCACACAGUGGAGUUUCUGAGUAUGAGAAAGGUGAUGUUAAAAUUUACAAAAGGGGGACAACAGUUAUCGUGGAAGUUCCAACACUUGGACUGACGAGGGUGACUUUUGACGGUGGGAAUCUUAAGGUUACCGUUGCUUCGUGGAUGAGAGGAAGGACCUGUGGAGUCUGCAGUAAUAAUGACAGAGAAAAGCACAAUGAACUCCUCAUGCCAAACCAUAGGCUGGCACACAGCUGCUCUGCAUUUGUUCACUCAUGGGUAUUGCUAGAAGAAACCUGCUCGGGGGGGUGCAAGCUGCAGCGCAGUUACGUGAAGCUGAAUCGAAAUCCUACUAUUGAUGGUGAGGAAUCUACAUGCUACUCUGUCGACCCCGUACUGAAAUGUAUGAAAGACUGUACUCCAAUCGAAAAAGCUUCAGUAAAGGUUGGCUUCCACUGCUUCCCAAAAGAAACUGCUGUAAGCCUGCUGGAAUGGCAGAGGAGCAGCGAUAAGAAAUCUGCAUCUGAGGAUGUUGUGGAGUCUGUGGAUGCUGACAUCGAUUGUACCUGCACUGGCGACUGUAGUUAAGCUAAACACUUUAACGUUGUGCUAUAGACAUACCACACAAAUAAUUGAAUAGCUGCACAGAUAAGAAGGGAACGUAAUAGCUGUAGUAAAAUAUUAAGAAAGGUGCUUGAAGGAAAUAACCCUACUGCAAAGUCAAAUGCACUAGGUACAGUCUGCACUGCUUAAUAAAUAUGUUGUUCAUUAAAUAAG